AUGGCUUCUACCCCAGAUAGAGACCCUGAGCCUCCGCACUUGAGCUUCCGCUCCUUUGUGGACUCCCUCCGCGAAGACAACGACUUGGUCGAAGUCAACGACCCCGUCGAUCCAAACCUCGAGGCCGCAGCCAUUACCCGUCUCGUAUGCGAGACCAACGACAAGGCACCGCUCUUCAACAACGUCCUCGGGGCCAAGAAUGGCUUCUUUCGCAUCCUCGGCGCUCCUGCUGCGCUGCGCCAGUCCAAAACUCAACGCUUUGGGCGUAUCGCGCGGCAUCUGGCCAUGCCCCCUGACUCCAGCCCAGCCGCCAUCAUGGAGAAGCUGCUCUCGGUUGACUCGCAAAAUCUAGUCGACCCUGUAGUGGUCGAGUCGGGCCCAGUCAAGGAGAACAGCAUCGAGGGCAGUGACAUCGAUUUGAAUGCCAUCCCAGCGCCCAUGGUACACGAGACUGACGGUGGCAAGUAUAUUGGCACGUUUGGUGUCAAUAUCCUCGCCUCGCCCGACGGCAAAUGGGUCAACUGGUCCAUUAAUCGGACCAUGGUCGUGGGGAAGAAUACCAUGACUGGGGCCUGCUAUCCGCCGCAACACAACUGGCAGAUUGUCAACAAGUGGCGGGAGAUUGGGCAAGAUGCGCCCUGGGCGUUUGUCCUUGGAGUGCCCCCUGCAGCUGCCAUGGUCGCUGCUAUGCCAAUCCCAGACGGUAUUAGUGAAGCUGCCUAUGUUGGUGCCUUGAGCGGAGAGCCCUUGAAGCUUGUCAAGUGUGACACAAACGACCUCUACGUCCCAGCCAAUGCGGAAAUCGUGUUUGAGGGCACCAUCUCAAUCACCGAACAGGUUCCCGAGGGUCCGUACAGCGAAAUGCACGGAGUCAACUUUCCCGGAGACUCCAAGAUGAUGCCCUUGUUCAAGGUCAACAAGAUCACCUACCGUAACAACGCCAUUCUUCCCUUGUCAGCCACGGGCAGAUUAACCGACGAAACCCAAUCCAUAGGAGGCCUACUGACAGCCGCUGAGAUCCUCAAGCUCUGUCGGGCUUCUGACUUGCCGAUUCUACAAGCCAGUUCGCCUCUCAUCUCUCAGUGUACCUGGGUCGCGCUUCAGGUUGAUGGAGCUCGACUCCGGGCCAUGAAGACCACUCCCAAAGAGUUGGCUGAGCUUGUCGCCAACGUGGUCUUCAAUUCCAAGGCAGGUGUACCUUUCCAUCGCAUCCUUCUGGUCGGUGAAGAUAUCGACGUCCACGACGAUGCAGACAUCAUGUGGGCAUUCUCCACAAGAUGCCGGCCUGGAUUGGACGAGUAUCCUUAUGAAGAUGUCAAGGGCUUCGCACUCAUCCCGUACAUGGGCCAUGGGAACGGCAAUCCCAUCAAAGGAGGCAAGCUGGUCUGUGAUGCGCUAUUUCCCGUUGAAUAUACCACAGGCAGAAACUGGGUCAACACCAGCUUUCGUGAAGGGUAUCCCAAGUCCCUUCAAGACACGAUUUUGGCCAGCUGGGAGAAGAGAGGGUUCAGUAAGCUGGAUUAG